GGGCCAGCUCCCCUCGCCGUGCCAGUGUGCCUGCAGUGCCAUGUGCCUGGGGUCUGGGCGAGGCAGGAGCUGGUGUCGGGAUGGAAGCCAGGCGCGGGGUGGCACGGGAUGCCGGGGCGGAGCAUGGCCCGGGCCGGGCAGAGUCCGUCCGAGGCGCUGGAGCUGGAGGCAUGGCAACUCCCUGCAGAGAGCAGAUCCACCAGGAGGUGCAGGAUUACUAUGGUAAAGAGCUGCAGAAGUCAGAGGACCUCAAAACCAAUGCAUGUGUCACCUCUGCCAGGCCCCUUCCCAAGGCAGUGAGAGAUGCUUUGGAGCAUGUCCAUGAGGAGGUGGUGGCCAGGUACUACGGCUGUGGGCUGGUGAUCCCGGAGUGCCUGUUGUCAUGCCGGAUCCUGGACCUGGGCUGCGGCAGCGGCAGAGACUGCUACGUGCUGAGCCAGCUGGUCGGGGAGCAGGGCCACGUCACCGGCAUAGACAUGACCGAGGGCCAGGUACAGUGCAGAGCUGGGUCUUCCCCUCAUCCUCCCAGUAGCCCCCCACCAUUGUUCCCUUUCUCCUACCAGGUUGAAGUGGCAAAGAAGCACAUUGCCUACCACAUGAAUAAGUUUGGCUACCGAAAGCCAAAUGUGGAGUUCCUCCAUGGCUACAUGGAGAAGCUGGGUGAUGCUGGGCUGGCUGAUGAGAGCUACGAUAUUGUUAUCUCGAACUGCGUGAUCAACCUCACCCCUGACAAGAAGGCCGUGCUGCAGGAGGCCUUCCGUGUGCUGAAGCCCGGGGGAGAGAUGUAUUUCAGCGAUGUCUACGCCAGCCAGCACCUGAGUGAGACCAUCCGGAAGCACAGGGUGCUGUGGGGGGAGUGCCUGGCAGGAGCCCUGUACUGGAGAGAUCUGUACAGCAUCACUGAGGAGGUGGGGUUCAGCCCCCCGUGCCUGGUCACUGCCAGCCCCAUCACCAUCGGAGACAAGGAGCUGGAGGGCAUCAUCAGAGACUGCCGCUUUGUUUCUGCAACCUUCCGCCUGUUCAAGGUGCCGGGUGGCAGCCGGGCCGGGCCAGGACAGGUCAUCUACAACGGCGGGAUCAUGGGACACGAGCGAGAGCUGGUGUUUGAUGCCAACUUCACUUUCAAGGAAGGAGAGGUGGUGGACGUGGAUGCCGAGAUGGCUGCAAUCUUGCAGAGCUCCAGGUUUGCAGAGGAGUUCCUGAUCCGAGCUGGGGCCAGUGCCACAGCAGUGCAGGGCAACUGUUGCAAGGGGGCGAAGGAGAAGAUCUGCAAUCCCUUCCAGCUGCUGGAGCAGCUGGCAGCCCCAGGUCCUGCCUGCUGUCCUCGUGGCACCUGUGGUCCCCCAGGGUGCUGCUGAGUGCCCACACGCCAGCAGAUGCCAGCAAGGCAGGAGGACAUGGCCCCAGUGGCGUGUCUUUCACCAGAG